CCGGGUAUAAUAAUUGUGCAAUAAUCAAAGAUUAUAAAACAAGGUUGUAAAAAUGACAAAAUAUAAUCAGUGUAUAACAAAUAGAAAAGAUCAAUCAAAUAACCAAAUCAGUGUUAAGCAUAAAUCAAGCUAUGAUCAUAUAAAUUCACACGAUUUUAAUGACAAUCUUACGAGCAUGCUCGAAUCAAAAAUGAGUGGAUUAUUAUCGCAACAAAUCGACAUGAUCGAUGACAGUAGCAGCAUGAGUUCAAUUACAUCUAUGGAAGAACAUAUUUUGGCACCAAAAUGUAUUUCUGGAAAGUCAAGACCUUGUCUAACGUGGGCUUGUAAGGCUUGUAAAAAGAAAAGUGUCGCAGUUGAUCGUCGAAAAGCUGCAACUUUGAGGGAAAGGAGAAGACUGAGAAAGGUGAAUGAAGCCUUUGAGGUGUUGAAAAGAAGAACAAGCAACAAUCCCAAUCAAAGACUUCCAAAAGUGGAGAUCCUCAGAAAUGCGAUUGAAUACAUUGAGUCAUUGGAAGACUUAUUGCAGGAAACGCCACCACCUUUACGACAAAGUCCAGAUUGCUUCAGUGAACAUUCAAAUGGACGACCGACUGUUCAAGAUUACAUGAAUUGCUAUGCUGCUGGAAAUUACCUCAAAGAACGGCUUCACCAUCUGGGCAAGGAUAGUGAAAAAUUUUCUCCAAUUACAACAUUCAAUUCACCCAUUAAUGGCUCCAGUCUCGACUGCCUUAGUCUCAUAGUUCAAAGUAUUAGUUCACCUGAUUCCAAUGACACACCUGAAAAUUCACCUAAUGCAAAUAGUCAUAUGCAGCAACAGAAAAGUAAUCAAUCAACAAUGGGUCAUCAUCAUAGCACAAACAGUAUGAGCAUACAGCACCACUUCAAGUGUGAAUUUGAUGCAAAAGUGUGAGGUUUUAUAUUUAUUUUUUUAAAGAAAAAAUAAGAAUAA